AUGCAAGCACCGGAUCUUACCCCCAUAGACUUCGUCCCAGACACCGGCGCUAGAACAUCCAUUAUUAAGCGAAAAUACCUUGAACACUACCCAAGAGUGAAUAUCAAGCAGGCGAGCAAGGAUGAACAAAUGGAAAUAACUGGUAUCGGAUCGACCGCGAUUUUUGCGGAGCAUUACAUAGAAGACUUCCCCUUGACCAUGCAAGCAGUCGAUGGCGAAAUAAUCAGGCUCUACAGACGAGUCUACGUCGUCGACAAGCUGCCAGUCCCAUGUAUCAUCGGCAAUAACAUACUUAGACUAAACGGAGUCAAUAUCAUGUUUAAUGAUGUGCUAGGUGAUUUUGCGGCACUGCGCAUCUAG